CUAUAUGGAGAUAAGUUUAAUCAAUUAAUCUGAAUAUUUAACAGAACAAACAAACUGGUAAUAAAUUAAAACAAGUAAAUGUGUUUUCAUUUCUUAUACUCAUCUUCUUGGUUUCACUUCUUUAUAUGCAAACCAUGAAAACACUUCAAUUAAGAGGAAUAGGGCUAUUAUAUAUGUAAGGGCCAAAAAAACACAAAAAAGAGAGACAACAACUUCGAUAAAUUAAUGUCAACCUCGUGGGCAUGGAUCAUCUCUUCAGGAUUAGUCGGAGUCAUCUCACUGAUGCUCCGAUCGGUAUCAAACAUCUCCGUCACCGGAGCUCGCUUCUUUCUCCCUACUUUAAACCCUCUUUUCAUCAUCAACGGCAUCAUCUUCAUCCUCGCAGCCUCCGCUACAGUCUUUGGCAACGGUUCAGAUCACUCUCCGGCAACAAACCAUCACCAUGAUGAUGAUACCUAUCAUCGUUAUGAACAAGAUGAUCAUCAUAACCAUGACCGUGACCGUUCUUCUAAUAACUCAUCCAGUUCUUCGUUUGGUCAAUACAAUAAUAAGGUUCAAGAGAAAGAAAAGUUUCCGGUGAGAUCAGAGAGUGGAGGAUCUUAUGGGGUUUCUUCUCCGGAGGUUCGUUUUCCUCCAACGGCGCCGGAGAAACUCGUCGGUAUCCGACGUCCACCUACUGCUCCAGUAAAGACUUUUCCACAAGAUAACACAUCCGGUGACGAGAACGAGACAAUGGACGAGAUGUGGGAGAGAGUCAAAGCUGAAAAGCAACCAAAGAAACCUAACAUGUUGCAAGACACAACAAUGCCAACGUCACCGUCACGGUCACAAGUCAGGAGGUCUACUCCGUCUUUGUUGUCACCGCAGUCACCGUCACGGUCACAAGCCAGGACGCCUACUCCGUCUCUGUCGUCGCUAUCGCCUGUUAGACCGCGUUUAGUUCCAACACUGCCGUCGCCAUCUCGAGCGAGGAGGCCUACUCCGUCUUUGUCGUCGCUAUCGCCUGUUAGACGGCGUGUAGUUCCAACAUCACCAUCACCAUCUCGAGCGAGGAGGCCUACUCCAUCUUUGUCUUCGCUGUCAUCGUCAUCUUCGCUAGCGAGGAGACCUCUUUCUUCAUCUCCGGCACGGCCGGGAAUGAAGUUGAUGGAGAGGAUUCCGUCGUGGGUGAAGUUGAAAAAAGAGUUAUCAAUGGGAAGAGACGAGCUAAACUCACGAGUAGAAGCUUUCAUUACAAAAUUCAAGGAUGAGAUGAAAUUGCAAAGGUCGGAGUCUAUAAGACGUUUCAAGUCUUUCCGUGGUCGCGGUGACGACUAGUCUUCUUCAUUGUAUCAUAUCUGGUUGGUUAGAUGUAUGUUAUAGUAAUUAAGACAUGUGUAUGUCUUUAGAUUUAAUUUUGUAUGUCUAAGAUUAAUGGACCAUUGUCACACACAAAUAUCUUUUACUUUUCUGAAAAUGUGAAUGACCUUUUUU